CAGAACCCUACAAUGGACGCGACAUGGAAAUGGAUACUGACAGAAAGUUGUGACUAUGGCCCCUUUUAAGUGAGUUCAGAAUGUGCGGAUUCGAUAUGUGCGCAAUCUGCUAGUCCUGAAAAAGUGCUAGUUGCUAUUGCAAACGUCGACGGCUAUGCUAUGGCAUAACGCACCCUAACGGAAACUAGGGGAAGCGUGUUAUCUUUGAUCGGGAGGAUAAGGCCCGCCUUCCACUCGGAAGUUCCAAUUAGUACGACGACCUGAUGUCUGAGCGAAAGUUAGGCAGCGACCUAUUGGAUUUGUGGCGGGAUAAUGUUGUUAUGGACAAUGAUGUAGCAAACUUUACCGAGAAACAAUGUCUGCAACUGGCCCAGGAUUAUCAGGAACACUCUGCUACAGACGUGUCUCGUGUCUCUGGUGAUUGGUGUUCCCCGACGUGGGAUAGUUUUGCUUGUUGGUCAGCAGCACCCCCAGGGAGCCUGGUGGCACGGUCUUGCACUGUUCUUCUCCGAGCGGAACUGGACAACGUUGGAGAGCAACAGUUGACAACGCAGGCUGGUGAAGCCGAAUCAUUCGCGUUCCGUUUAUGCACUCCGUUGGGAUGGCUGCAGAAUACAACCAACUACAAUGCAUGCAUUGCAGCGCUAGGUGAUGAUCAAAUUACGGGGGCUCUACCAUCCGGCGCGAUAGCUAUUGCAACGAUUGUGUCUGCCUUCUCAGUCGUAUCUCUCAUUUUUCUCGCCGCGUCGGUGUUCAUCUUCACGUACUUCAGUUCACUUAGGUGUUCGCGGACACGCGUUCACCUCAACCUCGUGAUGGCGCUGCUGGUCAACUCGCUUCUGCUCACCAUUAUCACUCUGCCCGUUGUCGUCAACCACCAUUAUGAUUCCUUCAGUCCUUUAGCGAAUGGCGACGCCAACAGUGAAACUAUCAGGGGUCAUACAGAAAAAGCAACUUUUGUCGACUAUCGACUGCCAAAUGUCCGCAAUGAGCCGACGGCGUGCAAGAUAUCCUUAUGUAUCAAACUCUACUCGUCAAUGGCUUCUGUCAACUGGAUGUUCGUUGAGGGGAUUCAACUGCAUUCACGCAUUACAACGUCCAUUUUUCAACAAGAGGCACCUUUUAAACUUUAUUAUUUUAUCGGCUGGGGUUUUCCGCUGAUACUGAUCGUAGCAUGGGGAGUUAAAAUGCAGGAGAUACUUCCCCAUUCGACGUGUUGGGAGGGCUAUCGAUCGUAUGAUGUCGUUUGGCUUCUCACAGGACCUAAACUAGUCGUACUGCUCAUUAACUUUGUCUUUCUGAUGAACAUAAUUCGCAUCCUUGUGACGAGGGUAAAAUGCGUCACGGCUGAGAAUAAGCAAUUUAGAAAAGCAAUGAAGGCAACAGUGCUGUUAUUUCCAUUGCUUGGUACUACCCACCUCUUGUAUGGGAUCAGCCCUCAGGACUACGAUGAGAAGUUAAAUGGCCUCUAUAUGAUUGUGAACGCUGUGUUACAAUCCUCUCAGGGAGUCUUCGUAUCUGUGAUACACUGCUUUAUGAAUUCUGAAGUGCAAACACUAUUGCGCAAUGCCUAUCUGCGCGCGUUAAUUCGCCGCAAUCCAAACCGACGUUCGUUUUUGUCAAAUAAUGCCACACCUUCGCAGACUUCGGCAAUUUUUCUCGCCCACUCGUGUUCUGUUAGCAGAAGACCAUCAAGUCAUCUUCAAGCGUAUUCAUCUAGUGGACGGCACAGUCGAUUCACGCAUCGCCGUUCUGGCCAGCUUCUGCUGCAGGGACAUAUGACUCAAACUAUGAGUCCACAGCAUAACAACAACUGCAGCCUGCAUACGUCGCAUAACUGCACUCCGCACAUCCCAGAUGGGGGUCAAAAUAUUUAUCGACCUUAUACAAGGCGAGAACAGCAGCACCAGCAUAUACAUCGGCGGAUGCAACGCCAUCGACAGGGCGUACGGAGUGCGCGAAGUCUCUCACCCUUUAGGAAUACGCCUUCACUGGAAUCUUCGUCCCCUUGUCGAUGUUCCUCUGCAAGUGUUAUGAACAUAUACAGGACGCCGAGAAACAGAGGUACGAUCAAACUGAACGUCUUCCGUAACCAAGCCACACCUGAGGUUCGCCUCGACUGCGGAAUUGCUAUUGUUGAAUCUGUCGACCUCUGAGAUGGAGCGAAAGAGGAAGCGAUCCCACUUAAUAACGGACAGUCAUUGGCUGCUACAGAUCAUAAGCUUACACCACUAGGAACAAAACCGAACAAGAGUGGACCCAAAACAUCUAAAUCAUUUUAGAGGAAGCCUAUGCCUAACAGCCUAUGUAUGCUAGAUAGAUCUCCGAAAUGGGUUGGAGGGUGGGAGCGGUGAGCUCAAUCGUUUUAACGUUACUAUUGAUUUUAGCCUAAACCAUUCCUCGUUAGCCCGAAGCGUUUUAAGAACGCGGUUCUGUUCAUGGUGCUAGAACUAAUUUGAAUAGCUAUAGUAACAGGUAGAUGACAUAAUGUUAUUUAUUGCGGUUUUCGUAUGGAGGUAGGAUGUGUGCAGACGAUAGGGAAACAGCGUACAGGGAACAUUCCUUGUGACUCUGUCGUACUCCCUGUGUAAAUCAGUAAAAAGAAGAGUUAUCAUCAACGACUAGUCGACAGCGAUGUAAGUUUAUGAAACUAAGUAGCUAAAAAAACAAAGGGAAAAAAUAUUUAUUGUAUAUAUAUUUCAGACGAUUCACCGCAAUGAAAGCUUGGUACUUCGUCAGUUAUUGUGUUGUACAAAAGAUCUAAUCAGUUUGCUAUGUACAUACAAAAUGACUGUGCAUACUACCGCACCAGAAUUGUGCCGAGGUAUAUAAGAAAAGUUAAUUGGAAUACCA